ACUUUUUUGUUUUGUUUUGCAGAACUACUGCUUCAUGGAAGGAAGAUGAUCCUCUGGUUGACUGUCAGUUCUGCUGUGAUGGAGGCCGUUUCCACACAGAACCUUUGAUUCGCACUACAUAUGCCUUUGGCUAAAUGAGGCAAGGCUAGGAUGGAAGGCCUGCCAAGUGCUGCUCUGAGGAACUGUUGCACCCUUACCUUGCCAUCUCUCAAGCCCGCGCUCUGACCCACUGCCGCACGGCCGAGCGAAUUCCAGGAUGAUUUUGAAUAACCGGCGGAUUAGAAAAUGCAAGUUGGUGAAGUUCAUGACCAGCUGCCUGCUGCUGUCGGUGGUAAUGAUCUGCUGGGAGCACCUGGACUCGGUCGUCGUCAGCCACGUCAAGUCUUACUCCUUCCGCUACCUGGUCAACAGCUUCAGCUACAUCAACAGGAGCCUCACCAUUCCCCGUGAGCAGGCCAGAAGCUUCAGCGACUUUCCCUACCUGCUGGACCACCCAGACAAGUGCACCGGCGAGGACGUGCUCCUACUCGUCUUUGUGAAAUCCUUCCCCGAGAACACCGAGAGGCGAAACGCCAUCAGAUCCACCUGGGGUAAUGAGACCUACAUCCAGAACACCCUGGGGGUGACAGUCAAGGUGGUGUUCGCCCUGGGAUCCCUCAGGACGAAGAGACAAAAUAGCAGUGGCCGAUUCCAGAAGCUGCUGGUCAAGGAGGACCGGCUCCACGGCGACCUGAUCCAGAAGAACUUUCUGGACUCCUUCCACAACCUGACCCUCAAACUCCUCCUGCAGUUCCACUGGAUGCACAGCCGCUGCGCCCACGCCCGUUUCUUCAUGACCGCCGACGACGACGUCUUCGUGCACAUGCCCAACCUGGUGGCCUACCUGCAGGAGCUCAGCAGCAGGGGGGUCACCGACUUCUGGGUCGGCCGGGUGCAUGUCGGGGCGCCGCCCAUCCGCAAAAAGGACAGCAAGUACUACGUCUCCUACGAGAUGUACCAGUGGUCGUCUUACCCCGAUUACACCGCAGGGGCCGGCUACGUCAUCUCCAGCGACGUGGCCAACAAGAUCUACCACGCCACGCUGACCCUGAACGCCUCGAUCUACAUCGAUGACGUAUUCAUGGGCAUCUGCGCCAACGCCGUCAACGUGUCGCCGCAGACGCACAACUAUUUCUCAGGGGAGGGCAAGGCACCGUACCACCCAUGCAUCUACGAACAGAUGAUGACCUCUCACGGCCACGUGGAGGACAUUCAUGAGCUGUGGAGGGCGGCGACACACCCAGAGGUGAAGCAGAGCAGCUCAGGGCUGUUCGGGAGGCUGUACUGUGCAGCUGUGAGAACAUUCCUCCUCUGUACACCCCGCUUUGCUGACACUUACCCUUGCAAAGCAGCGUUCUUAAAGUAGAGUAAAAUGUCUAGAGCAUGAGAUGAAAUAGGUAAUGAGAUUAGGGUUGACUUCUGGAAAAUUACCUCAGUCCUUUCAGUAGGACAUCUACCCCACACUGCUUUGUUUACUGUGGCAAGCAGAAACCAGAGAGACCGGGCUGCUCGGCCACUGUCUUUGUGAGAUCUCCUGCAUGUCAGGGAAGUGUCACCUUUUGUCUGUUUUUAAAAAAUGCUGGUGUUGUGCGCUGACCAAAGAAUGUGAAAUAAAGGUUCUGCAAAGAUGUCUCAAUGCUCUGGCUUGUGAAAAUCUUUUUCUCUUUUUGUCAGAUGGAGCAGAUUAAGAAUUCACAAUAUACGUUUUUUAAACUGCUACUUCAGGGAGAGAUAACGUUCAUCGGAAUGGUGAGCUGUUGUUGGGUUUUAACCAUUUCCUUCCUAAAGUCUUAUCCAUUUUACUAUUUAUCUUAACAUGCUUGACAUUGCUUAAACAAAGAUGCCCUGUUUAGUCUCUUUGGUUGAGGUUUUUUAAAUUUGCUUCUACUUUUGCAAGUGUGCGCGUGGGUGUCUUCCUGCAGAUGUACCUCAGGCAAGCCCUGUGCCUUGAAACAGGAGGCUUCUUUGUUGGCUAUAAAUGCAAUGGAGAAUUUAUGAGGGCCGAUUUUUCAUAGCAAUGUGCCCAACACAGGUCAGCUCUGUUUAAAAGAAAGAUAAACAGUUUUCCAAGUUGUCAGAAAUUUACAUUAUAGGUAGAAAUAAUAAAAUUAUGUUGAACUCAAUUGGCUAAAAUCUACAGAGACACUUGGAGAAAUAUUGAUGUUGAUGCUGAAAUAAAAACAUAAAACACAUUUUCA